AUGGAAUAACAUUUCGAUUAAUUUCACGAGGAAUAAUAUGAGAUAAUGGACGAGUAGAAUUAGACGGGGAUAAAUAAGGAAAUAGCAUAUGAAGAAUUGAGUGGCGAUGAGGCAAUGGAGUAAUCCUUUAGUGUAAAUUCAUAAUAUAUGGGCCAUAAUCGGAAAGCUAAAACAAACUUAUUUAUGACUAGUAUGAUAGUAACUAAAAGCAUAUUAGGGGUGGGAAUCCUUGGACUUCCUUACGUCACAUAUAACUUUGGGUUACUUUUUACAAUUAUUCUGAUUAUCGCCUUUUAUUGGCAAACCUAAUACUGUACAAAUAUGUUUUUGCAAUGCAAGAAUUUGUCAAAAAGAAGUAACAUUUCAACAAUUGGAUUUUCGGCAUUUAAAUCAAAAGGUAUAAUUGUUUUCAUCAAUUUGAUAAUUAUAAUAAACAAUUUUGGUUUAUGCUUUGCUGAGAUGAUCAUAUAGGGAACAGCCAUUUAGAAUGUAGUGAAGUCUCUAUUUGAUGCUAAUGAUGGAGAAUGGUAUACACAGAGACAAUUUCUCAGUUCAAUAUCAGGCUUGAUCAUGAUCCCCAUGAUGGUUAUUAAGAAAAUUGAGAAACUCAAAUUUGCAGGUGUUACAGCAAUCUGUGCAAUGAGUUUAUUUUGCAUUAGUUUGAUAACCAGUUUUAUAAACACAAUGAAAAACGAGGGCAUGGCAGUUGGAUUCAACAUUUUGCCUUAUGAUUUCACAUUCAUCAAGGCAUUUGGAGCCUUCCCCACUUUAUUACUAGCCUACAAUUGGGAAUUCAACUUGUUUCCUGUUGCAAAAGGGAUGGACAAACCAAAUGACAAGAAAGUGAUGAAGGCUUGUUCUUAUGGGAUGAUUGUUGCAACAUGUUUCUAUUUAAUGGUUGGAAUUAUGGGUUGUGCCAUUUAUGGUAAGGAAUCACAGACUAAUUUCUUGGCUAGUGUGACCAAAGAAAAGAUGGGGAAUGUGCAAUUCUAUUUGUUGAAUGGUUCCUUCUAUGUAUCUACUGUAUUGACUACUCCUCUGGUGUUCUUUGGGGCAAGGAACAACUUUUUGCAAUUGAUCAAAGGAGAAAAGAAGAAUAAAGUGAAGGGAGUUAACUUUGACUCUCUGGAUGAGAAGGAGGUGGCUUUGUUGAAGAAGUAAAAGAAAAAGAGAUAAUAAUCAACUAAGUAUAUGUACUAUAUUUGGUCAAUUGGAUUGUUUGUCAUAAUUACGAUAGGCUCGAUUUACAUCCACUCCUUAGAAAUAGCAUUUAAUUUUGUUGGAUCGGUAUCUUCGAACUCUAUUGGUUGCGUAUUGCCUAGUCUCUUUUUGUUUAUGCUCAUGAAGGAAGGCUACAAGAACAAAUAGAUGACAAAGAUGGAAAGUCUACAGGAGAAUUUAGCCAAGAUAUUCUUUGUCUAUUCUGUUAUAAUGUCAUUUGUUUGUUUGACAAGUGAGAUUCUGACAACAAUUUAUGAAUGA